AUGGAGACGGGAUGCAGCGCCGGACAGAAGCUGGAGGAGGAAGCGGCGCAGAGGGAGCGGGAGUGGGAGGAGGCCGCUGAGGCGGUGGCGUACGACUCGUGCACCUGGCCGCCGCCCGUCGUCGCGGUGUGCGGCCCGGGGAACAGCGGCAAGUCCGCCUUCUCCCGUCUUCUGCUCAACACUCUCAUCGAAAGGUACAAGAAGGUCGGAUACCUGGAUAUUGAUGUUGGUCAGCCUGAGUUCACCCCUCCAGGGUUUGUGUCACUUCAUGUUUUUGAGGAAAAGCCUAAAGAUUUGACAAUUUUAUACCUGUGCAAUCCAAAUAGGUGCUACUUUUUUGGCGAUAUUUGUGCAAAAAGGAACCCGAAACUUCUCUUGACUUACAUAUUUGGCCUUCAUGAUUAUUUCCUUCAAGAGUUCUAUUGCCUUGGUGAGGUUGAAAACCCCAAGAAAUCAGCUAUACCACUUGUUAUUAAUACUUCAGGAUGGGUAAAAGGUACUGGGCUUCAGGUUCUAACAGAGAUGUUGAAAUAUGUGUCCCCAUCUCAUGUAAUUCGGGUAUCCACAACAGUAGAGCGUAAAAAUUUACCAGAGGGAAUGUUUUGGAUGAAUGAAGGCGAAGGAGAUUCAUCAGUGAAUUUAGUUGAAAUUCCUGCAGCACAGAACUCUCCUCGUCAUCUGUUAGCAAAGAAAGAGGCACGUAUUAUUCGUGACCUCAGGCUGAUCGCUUACUUCAGGCAGUGCUUACCAAGAGAGUUCCCUGUUUUCUGUUUUGAUGAUUUGGUUCAAGGCUUUGGUUCUAUACAUCCAUUUCGGCUUCCUCUGUCAAAAAUACAUGUUAUUGAUCUGCACUGCCAGGUUUCACUUUCUGGUACUGAUGUGCAGCGCUUCUUGAAUGGCACAAUUGUUGGUGUGUCAACAAAUGACCCUCCUCUGUCAACUGAAUGUUCCACUCCUUGUUGCAUUGGACUUGGUUUCAUCAAAGCCAUAGAUAUUUCGGAAGACUGUAUUUAUUUGAUAACACCUAUUUCUCACAAGCUUAUGGAAAAGGUCGACAUCCUUUUUCUGAGCUGUAUUGCUGUUCCUAGUUGCCUCUUGCAGGUCUCUGAUACAUUAACCGAUAUAACAGACAGGCUGAGGGAACUCUAG